GUUGAUGCAAUCACUGUGCUGAUCUCUUCAGCAACUAGACCUGAAGCCUACGAUCUGGCAAGUUUAAUCGGACGCGGACUGAUGUUUGGUCGGAAGCAGCCAAUUGUGAUAAGAAUGCUAGAUUUACCCCACAAAACACCAAAGUUAAAAGCUUUGGUUAAUGAGUUGAUGGAUAGCGCUGAGCUGCCUCUGGAAGACAUUGUUGCUAUCACCGAUCCUGACAUUGCUUUUAGGGAUAUUGAUGUUGCCAUAAUGUUAGAUACUGUCGAAUUUGGGGAAUCACUUUCUGAGACCGAAAGACAAAAACAAUGCUUGAAAAUUUAUAAAGGCCACGCUGAAUUUCUUGAGAAACAUGGCAAACAAACAAUUAAAAUCGCCAAAAAGCUUGAGGUUCCAGUUGAAACAGUUAAAAACGUUGUGGUUUGGGGGAAAGCAGGACCUUUUGCAUACAUUGACAUGAUGCAUUCUAACAUACAAAUGGAGAACGGUAAAACUACAUCUGCUGUAGAGUUAAUGAAAAACGACCACUGGAUCAAGCACACCUUCAUACCACACUUACGGGAAAAGUGUUCUGAAAACAUGCCGGCAGAUGCUGUUGCUAUUCUAAAGGCGAAAGCUAUUGUCGAACAUGUUCAUGAUUUAUGGCUCGGUACUUGCGAGGAUUGGACUUCAAUGGUUGUGUACAGCAAUGGUGAAUAUGGAGUGGCAAAGGAUAUUUUCUUUGGAUAUCCCGUUACAAUUCCUCAGCCAAGGGGCAACCCUGAAAUAAUCACUCACUUACCAUUUGCUGACUGGGCAGUAUUAGAGUUUGAGAGGUCAGCUCAAGAGCUUGUGUGUGAAAAAGAAAGGCUCGUAAAGCUUUGCGAAGGUACUGGAUCAGAAUAA